AUGAUGGAUAAAAAGAAGCCCGAAGAGAAAGAAGCAAAUAUCACACCACCACCUUUUCCAUCAAGAUUGAGCAGUAGCAGCAACAAAAAAGAGAGAGGAGAUAGGGAGAUCAUGGCAAUGUUCCGAAAAGUUGAAGUCGACAUUCCCCUUUUAGAUGCGAUCAAACAUGUACCUAGAUAUGCUAAGUUCCUUAAGGAACUUUGCACAUCUAAAAAGAAGUUGCGAGGUAAUGAGACAAUAAAAGUAAGUGAAAAUGUUUCUGCAGUUUUGCAGAAAAGGAUGCCCCCAAAGUGUAUGGAUCUGAGUGUUUUCACCGUUCCUUGCAAAUUGGGAAGCCUUUAUGUCCCCCGUGCUAUGCUAGAUUUAGGAGCUUCAGUUAAUGUUUUACCAUAUUCUGUUUAUAAAUCUAUUGGCAUAGGCACUUUAACAAAAACCGGGAUGAUCGUCCAACUUGCAAAUCGUUCUAUAGUACACCCAAAAGGUGUAUUAGAGGAUGUUUUAGUGCAAGUUAAUGAGCUUGUCUUUCCUGCAGAUUUUUAUGUGCUUGAUAUAGGAGAUGAUGACCAUCCAUCCUCGAGUUCCAUACUUUUAGGUAGACCAUUGUUGAAAACAGCAAGAACAAAAAUUGAUGUCUACAAUUGUACAUUGUCCAUGGAAUUCGAUGGGGAGGUCAUCAACUUCAAUAUCUAUGAAGAAAUGAGGAAUUUUGAUAACAACUCAGUCAAAGAGAUUGCAGAAAAUUUCAAGUUAGAUGAAGAGUUGCUGGAAAUUGUAGAGAUCAUGGAAGAAAAGAAGAAAAUGAGGCAUGAUAAUAGCAAUGUGAAAUUGCCCAUUUCUAACACAAAACUUCUUCUUUCCGUUGUACAGGCACCUAAGCUAGAAUUGAAGAAUCUACCAGAUCAUUUGAAGUAUGCAUACCUUGGAGAAGAGAAGACCUUGUCUGUCAUUAUCUCCAACAAGUUGUCUAUUACAGAAGAAGAUGACUUGGUGACCUUGUUGAAAAAGUAUAAGAAAGCUAUUGGGUGGACAAUUGCUGAUAUAAAAGGGUUGAGCCCUUCCUUGUGCAUGCAUAAGAUUCUCAUGGAGGGAGACUUCAAACCAACUCGAGAGGCACAAAGAAGAUUGAAUCCACCUAUGAUGAAGGUGGUAAAGAAAAGAAAUCAUGAAGCUUUUGGAUGUCAUAUUGUGUCCCAAAAAGGCUUGGAAGUUAAAAAGGCCAAGAUAGAUGUUAUCAAGAGUCUUCCUUACCUGAAAAAUGUUUGGGAAGUUUGUUCGUUUCUUGGCCAUGCAGGUUUCUAUCAACGAUUCAUCAAAGAUUUUUCAAAGAUUACAGUGCCGAUGUGUCAACUACUCCAAAAAUAUGCUGAAUUUGUGUUUACUCAGCCAUGUAAGGAUAGCUUUAAUCAUUUAAAGGAUUUACUCACCUCCGCUCCAAUCAUCCAACCACCUAAUUAG